GACAAGGAACAGCACUGGGUAGACUACGCUCAGCGCCUCGUCAAGACCCACGCGGCCCUGGUCGCAGAGCCUGAGGCGGAGUCCCAGGACAAGCUCCAGGAAUGCGACGGCCCCCGGGGCAGCCCGGGCCACGACGCGCGCGGCCUCCUCUUUAACCUGCGCGGCGCGGCCGAAUCCAUCGCGGACCCGCGCCGCCAGAUCGCGCCGCCGACGAAGGAGAGGCUGCAAAAGCUUGUUUCUGCGCGC